AUGGCCUCUCACUCUCAGGUUUUGGUGGAAGAGAAAUCGAAUGUUAGAAUCUUGAUACUAAACAGAUCAAAGCAGCUUAAUGCUCUGUCUUCACACAUGAUCUCUCGGUUGCUACAACUGUUUCUUGCGUAUGAGGAUGACCCUAGUGUGAAACUUGUCAUUCUAAAGGGUCAAGGAAGAGCCUUUUGUGCUGGUGGAGAUGUUUCAGCUGUUGUUCGUGAUAUAAGACUAGGAAACUGGAGACUUAGUGCUGCUUUCAUGUCAGAUGAAUACAAGCUCAACUAUGUUAUGGCCACAUAUAGCAAACCUCAGGUUUCGAUUUUGAAUGGUAUUGUCAUGGGAGGUGGAGCUGGUGUUUGCAUCCAUGGUCGAUUUCGUAUUGCCACUGAGAACACGGUUUUUGCUAUGCCUGAGACAGCUAUAGGGCUUUUUCCAGAUGUAGGAGCUUCCUUCUUCUUGUCAAGACUCCCUGGAUUUUUUGGAGAGUAUCUUGGCCUCACUGGAGCUCGGUUAGAUGGUGCCGAAAUGCUUGCUUGUGGUCUUGCAACUCAUUUUGUGCCUUCAACGAAGUUAGCUGCAUUAGAAGCAGAUCUUUGCAGAGUUAGUUCAGGCGAUCCAAACUUUGCUUCAACAAUUCUCGAUGCAUACACUCAAAUUCCGCACCUUAAACAGCAGAGUGCUUACCACAGGUUAGAUGUUAUUGAUAGGUGCUUCUCAAAAAGAACAGUCGAAGAAAUUAUAUCAGCACUUGAGAGAGAGGCCCCUAAGGAACCAGAUGAAUGGAUCUCAUCUACCAUUACAGCAUUGAAGAAGGCUUCACCAGCAAGCCUUAAAAUCUCUCUUAGAUCGAUACGAGAAGGAAGAUUUCAGGGGUUGGGGCAAUGCCUUAUCCGUGAGAAUAGAAUGGUGUCUCAUGUGAUGAAAGGAGACAUAAGCAAAGAUUUUGUGGAGGGGUGCAGAUCCAUAUUGACUGACAAAGAUAAGAACCCAAAGUGGGAGCCAUGUCGACUGGAGGAGGUGAAGGAUGAAAUGGUAGAUAAAUACUUCAAGAAAAUGGAGGAAGAUGAGUGGUGGGAGGAUCUAAAGCUUCCACCGAGAAAAAACUUGCCUGCUUCAGCGAUUGCUAAGCUGUGA